AUGGGCAGGGGCUCUGGUGGCAGACGGCUGAUAGUGUGGGGAGGGCAGCUGUGUGGGGCAGCGCUCCCAGAGCCACCUCCCAAUCCAUGUUUGUCUGGCAAGUUGCAGACAGGAGAGAUCAUUGGUGAAAUAUCCAAGAAAGUGGCACAGAUUCAAAAUGCCGGAUUAGGUGAAUUCAGAAUUCGGGACCUGAAUGAUGAAAUAAACAAACUUCUGAGGGAGAAGGGACACUGGGAAUUCAGAAUAAAGGAGCUGGGAGGUCCAGAUUAUGCUCGGAUUGGACCAAAAAUGUUAGAUCAUGAAGGGAAAGAAGUUCCUGGAAACAGAGGUUACAAAUAUUUUGGAGCUGCAAAGGAUUUACCAGGAGUUAGAGAACUUUUCGAAAAGGAGCCCCUCCCACCGCCCCGGAAGACUCGAGCUGAGCUGAUGAAGUCCAUUGAUGCAGAAUACUACGGGUACAGGGAUGAAGAUGAUGGUAUUCUGGAGCCACUGGAGCAAGAACAUGAAAAGAAAGGUGUGUGGGAUCCAGAACCUGCAGAAAUCAAUCCAAGAAGGAGUGCUGAUGGACUCUGAAGUUAUCUGUAACCAAAUCCCUGUUGUGUAAGGCAUUUCAGGGGACAGGAGUGUGCUUUAGAGUUCGCUUUCAUGUUAAUGAUUUAAUAUUGUCAGCAAGUGAUUUGCUAUUGAAACAAAAUCUCCUUUUUCUCACCCCACCUUUUUCAUGCUUAAGGAUGUAAAAGAGAAGGCUGCAGUAGAGAGAUCUAUGGGACUCAAGGGGUUAUCUCACUCCUUUGUGAAAACUGACUGUACCAUCUCUCUCCUGUCUUACCUAAUUAUUUAUCCAUAAACAUAGCUGUUUAGUUUUCUUGGAGAUCAGAGGGGACCUUCUGGAAAUCCUGAAGUCUAGGUGGCCUGUCUUAGUUUAUCCACGUAAUCUCUCUUGGAACUUCAACACAUUCGUGAAUA